AUGAAAGUGUAUAAUAUGUCGCGUGACGGUGAUCUCGAGCCGAUAGCUUCGGAAUCGUCGUCGAUAUCUUCCCCCAGUUCCGAGAUGUCAAGAAAGAUCAAAGAACUGAAAUCGACAAGAGCAAAGACCUUACAAGAACAGUCAGUUGAUGAAGCUGUCGAAAAUAUCGUGAAACCUGUCGAUGAAACAGCGGAGAGUAUUGGAAAAGAAGUUAGCGUAGAUGUUGUUGAGGAGUCGCAGAAUGGUGAUGGUGGAGAUGAAGUUACUGUAGCAGAUGGUGCAAGUCUAGAACUUUCACUGAGUUCAUCGAUUGAUCCAAUUACACGAGAUGUGGAGAGGAGAAUGAGUAUGAAGCGAGAAUGUCCACUGAAUUCAGAGGCUAUGGGUGAUGAAGUUCGUCUGGAGCGGUUUCCAAGCUCACGUUCUAGCUUCGAUAAUGCAAAAACAUGGGCACGAAGUUACGGUAGUUAUGCCAGCGGUCUUUUUCGUGGAGCAUUCCAGAGAAUGAAAAGCGCUGCCCAUGGUAAUGCUUCUGUGAAAGUGGAUGAUACUUCUGAUAGCGAAGGAGAACAAUCGGAAUCUGGCUUGCAAUCUGCCGGUCAUAAUGGUUCUAUCGUUCGACCGAGGAAAGGCAAAAAAGGCCCUUUCGAUUUUGAACAGCUUAAAGUGGUUCAGGAGUUGAACAACGAGCACACUGGCGCUGUGUGGUGUGUCCGCUUCUCUGUAUGUGGACGACUGAUGGCAACGGCGGGUCAGGACAAUAUAAUUCGCGUUUGGGCUGCACGAAGUCAUCUCAAGUACUUUAUCCAAAUGAGAGAAAGGUACCAGCAGAAAACCUCAGAUGCUUGUGGCUCUCCAAAUGAAGCAUUUCAAUCGGCUAUUCACGAUAUGGAAUCAUUCAGACCUCCUAGUUCCACUGGCAGCAAUACGCAAAGUGAAAUCAUUGGAGAUGAAGAAGAUUCUACGAAUCUGUUCUCAGCCAAGCCCUUUGUCGUUUUUAAGGGUCAUACUGCCGACAUAUUAGAUUUAUCGUGGUCAAAAAAUUACUUUAUUCUUUCGUCUGGCAUGGAUCGAACAGUGAAAUUAUGGCAUCUGUCACGUGGUGAAUGUCUGUGUUGUUUUCAACAUGUGGAUUUUGUGACUUCUGUCGCGUUCCUUCCAAAGGUCAAGUUCAUAACAGCAAUUACGUUUGUGAAAAAUGGAAAGUUUGCUGUUGUUGGAACUUAUAAUGGCCGUUGCUUUUUCUACUCGACUGAUCAACUCAAAUACCAUACAGUGGUGGAUGUGCGUUCAUCCCGUGGCAAAAACGCUCGAGGACAUAAAGUGACGGGUUUGGCUGUACAUGGAGAUAAAUUACUGGUGACUUCAAACGAUUCACGUAUACGAAUGUAUGAUGUUCGUGACAAAGCGCUGACGUGUAAAUUCCGUGGAGCCCAAAAUGAACACUCGCAAAUUCGGGCAGCAUUUUCUCCUGAUGGACGUCAUAUUGUGUGUGGUUCAGAGGAUAAAUUCAUCUAUUUAUGGAGAACUUCCGAUUUGCCGUCGACUCUGUCUGUUCGCAAAGACCGUAAUGCUAUGUGGGAACGGGUACGAGCGCAUAGUGCUCCUGUUUCUGUCGCAGUUUUUGCACCGAAACCUCAGGUAGGUUCCUAA